AUGUCGGACACCACGAACUGUUCUGCAAACACACCUGUGUGGAUAGAAGCGAAUCUGUUCAACAAAGUUUUACGUGAAUCUGGUCAAAAUGUUAAAGAAAUUCACAAUUACAGAGUCUUCCCAGCCUUGGCUCCAGGAGAAAAUUAUUCCUCAACGAUGUUAAAAGUUCUGUUGAAUAUUGAACUGGAAGAUGGUUCACAAGAUAGUCAAACUUUUAUGUUAAAGGUGCCCAACAAAAAUCAGCAUUUACAAGAACAGUGGGAUGCAUGGCAGCAGUUUGAAACCGAACAACAAAUGUAUGAAGAAAUUAUUCCAGCAUUCGAGAAGGCCUAUUGUAGAGUGGGUGAGGAAGUUCGAUUUGGUGCCAAAUCUUUUCAAUUGGAUGUCGAGGAAAAACACAUUUUGCUGGAGGAUUUAACAAAAAGUGGAUUUAAGACAUUGAAACGGCAAAAUGGUCUUGAUAUGGAACACUGUAAAAGUGUUUUGCGCAAAAUGGCUCAGUGGCAUGCAGCAUCAGCGGUGUGUAAAGAAUCAUAUCCAACAUUACUCACAAUGAGAGGAGUACUGAAUGAAAAUGCCAAAGUCCUGUUGGAUCAAAUGUUUAAUGAUUGUCUAAAAUAUACCCUGAAGGCGAUCAAAAAAUUACCCCAACACGAGCAGUAUUACGAAAAAUUGGAAAAUUUAAGUGAAGACUUUGCCGGAAAAUUACGCUCCAUUUUUCAAGCGGACGACAAAGAAUUUAAUGUCUUAAAUCAUGGGGAUUGCUGGUCCAAUAAUAUUAUGUUCCAAUACAACUCAGUGGGUCAAUUAAAAUCAACCUAUUUUGUGGAUUUUCAAGUACCACUCUAUGGUUCACCAGCAAUGGAUUUAUAUUAUUUUAUAUUAUCAUCAGCCACAUUGGAAUUGAAAAUUGACCAUUUCGAUGAAAUGAUUCAAUAUUAUCAUAAACAUUUAGUUGAAAAUCUAAUAUUGUUGGAAUAUAAAAAUGAGCUGCCAACGUUGCGUUGCAUUCAUGAAAUGUUGCUGAAAUAUGGUAUUUGGGGCGUCUUUACCUUUAGUGGCAUUAUGGCGGGAGUACUUUGCGAAUCUACCGAUUUAUCUAAUAUCGAUCACUUGGCUGAAGAAUCUGCAGAUGCUGAAGCAUUUAAAAGUCUAUUAUUUUUAAAUGAUCGAUUUGUAGAGCAUUUAAGUAUAAUUGUUCCCUGGUUGAAUUCAAGAGGCGCUUUUGAUUAUUAA